ACCCCCACCCCAAGAGCCUCCACACCUCUGAAACCUCUGAAGAGUACCAAGUACGCCCUACGCCCCACCGAGGCCGCGCUCCGGCUCAAACAGCAACUCCCAGGAGUCUCAGGGCUCCGCUCUUGGGGGCGGGGCGCUCGGCCUGCUAGGGGGCGGGGCCGAAAAACCAAAGGAGAAAAGAACGUAAUAGAGCUUUUCUGACUGACUACAGUUCCACCGUGGAGGAGGCCUCGAUUAUCCUCGACAGCACCAGUCAUUCACCGGGUCACCGUUAUAGGCGUGAGGAAUCAGGUCCCUCGGCCCUUCCGGAACCUCUGCUCCUCCGCUCCGGAGGCCCCGCUGCGACCUGGCCGCCUUCGUUCCCUGCGAGCUUCCUUCCCGCGGGGCUGAGCGACCGUCCAGUUCUCCGCGCGCCUGCGCACUCUCUCUGGAGUCUGGGUGCUACAGAUUUGAGGGCGGAGAACCUCGGAGCAAAGUCCUGGCCUCAGUCUGGUGAGCCAGCCUCGGCUGUAGUCGUUGUUUUGCUGAAGCAAGCGAGCGUGGGACGGGCUGACUCUGCGGGCCGGGCCAGGCCGGGAGUGGGUCACGGAGCCCCCGGCCCCGGUGCGUUUCUUUCCGACUGAUGGCUUGCGGUCCUGAGACGCGGAGGGCGCGGGGUUAGGGACCCGCGACUCUAACGGCGCUCGGCCGGGGUUGUGGGCGCGGCCUAGUCUGCAGUGCGAGACCCUGAGGUCUUGCGCAAGCCCGUCCUCGUCUCGACCACCUAGGCCCGGCGGAAGAAAAAAGACCCGAGAUUAAAGUCGGCGGUGGAGCCCCAUAAAGAAGUCCUCCGCUUAACGCCGGGCCUAGAUUCGGGGCUGGCUUCUGAGGUCUGGGAGGACCGGCUGAACAGAAGACGACGCGGUGGGCCGCCCCAGGGGGUGGGCAGUUGCGGUGACCCGACUGCAGGGUGCCCGAGCUGCGAACUCGGACACGGGUGACCGCGGACCUUCGCUGGGCUCCUCCUCGGUUCCAUUUGUGCAUCCCUGCCAAGUAAGCAGAGAAGGCCUCUGAAGUGAAACGAAGCGCUCGCUGCUGUGCCUGUAAAAGCCAGGUUCUAAUCAAAAUCUGGAAUAACUGGAAAUGACUUGGGAUAAUCUUACAAAAGCAGUAUCCAGCAAUAUGGAAAUGGUUAGCUCUGGCUUCUGUGGGCUCUACGUCUCCAGUAAGUGACCGUUGAAGGAAACUGACCAGUUCUUGCAGUUCUAAAAUCAUGGCUCAUGAUUUGGUGAUGUUCAGAGAUGUGGCUGUAGACUUUUCACAGGAAGAAUGGGAAUGCCUGAACUCAAGUCAGAGGAAUUUGUACAGAGAUGUGAUACUAGAGAACUAUAGCAACUUGGUGUCUCUGGGAUGUUCCAUUUCUAAGCCAGAUGUAAUUACCCUGUUAGAACAAGGGAAAGAUCCCUGCAUGGGUAUGAGGGAUGGGAAAAGAAGCUGGAGCCCAGAUUUAGAAUCCAGAUAUGACACUAAAAAGUUACUUCAAGAAAAGGAUAUUUGUGAAAUGAAUUUAUCUCAGUGGGAGAUAAUGGAAAGAAUUAGAAGCUGUGGCCUCAAAAACUCCUUUUUCAGAAAAGUUUGUGAAUACAAAAAGUUUGAGGGACAUGAAGGUCCUCAAGAAGGAUAUUUCAGGCCAGGGAAAAAAACCACCUCUGGAAAAAUGCCUACUUAUAGAAAACUUACAACUCUUACUCUGUAUACAAGAAUUCAUAAUAGAGAGAAACCUUAUGAAUGUGGGGAAUGUGGGAAGGCUUUUAGAGUUCGCCAACAACUUACUUUCCAUCAGAGAAUUCAUACUGGUGAGAAACCCUAUGAAUGUAAAGAAUGUGGAAAAGCCUUUAGACAGUGUGCCCACCUUAGUCGACAUCAGAGAAUUCAUACUUCUGACAAACUCCUUGAAUGUAAAAAAUGUGAAAAGAUCUUUACAUGUGGUGCAGAUCUUCGAGUACAUCAGAGAACUCAUAUUGGUGAGAAGCCCUAUGAAUGUAAGGAAUGUGGGAAGGCUUUUAGAGUGCGAGGACAACUUAAUCUCCAUCAAAGGAUUCAUACUGGUGAGAAGCCCUAUGAAUGUAAGGAAUGUGGGAAGACCUUUAGACAGUAUGCGCACCUUACUCGACAUCAAAGACUUAACAUUGCUGAGAAGUGCUAUGAAUGUAAGGACUGUGGGCAAGCUUUUCUGUGUAGUACAGGCCUUAGAAUACAUCACAAACUUCAUACUGGCGAGAAGCCCUAUGAAUGUAAAGAAUGUGGGAAGGCCUUUAGAGUGCGACAACAGCUAACACUCCACCAGAGGAUUCAUACUGGUGAGAAGCCCUAUGAAUGUAAGGAAUGUGGAAAGACCUUUAGUCGUGGUUAUCAUCUAACUCUCCAUCAGAGAAUUCAUACUGGUGAGAAACCUUAUGAAUGUAAGGAAUGUCAGAAGUUCUUUCGUCGUUACUCAGAACUUAUUUCACAUCAAGGUAUUCAUAUUGGAGAAAAACCCUAUGAUUGUAAAGAAUGUGGGAAGACCUUUAGACUAUUUUCACAACUUACUCAACAUCAGAGUAUUCAUUUUGGUGAGAAACCUUAUAAAUGUAGGGAAUGUGAGAAGACUUUUAGACUGCUUUCACAGCUUACUCAACAUCAGAGUAUUCAUACUGGUGAGAAACCCUAUGAUUGUAAGGAAUGUGGAAAGGCCUUUAGACUUCAUUCAUCACUUAUUCAACAUCAGAGAAUUCAUUCUGGUGAGAAACCAUACAAAUGUAAGGAAUGCAAAAAGGCAUUUAGACAACAUUCUCACCUUACUUAUCAUCAGCGUGUUCAUAAUGUAACAAAAUAAUUAUAAGAAAUCCUUUUGUGAAUUUUGUGUUAAGGAGCAUUAGAAAAUAAAUUCUAGAGGGAAAGUUUUUGAAUGUGGGGAUCCCCUUUGGCUUCAUGCUCACGAGGUUUAUUUAAAAGAAAGUAAAUGAAUAUGGAGUUUUUCAUCUCCAUUCAAACCAUGUUAAUCUUUAGGAAAUGUGUUCUAGAAAGAAACUGUCUUAAAGGAGUGAAUGUGGAAAAACUUUUAUGUUAAGUGUGAUCACCUCUAUUCCAUCUAUGCAGUAUACCUAAGGAGGCUGCUAGGGCACUAAUUUGUUCAGAAAAUUGAUAAACAAUGAAAGAAGAGUCAUUUAGCUUGCAUUUCCUUUAUGAACUAUAUUUCAGGGCACAUAGAAGUUGAGAUGUUUAUUAGAGAGUUUUGCAGCACAUAAUGAAAUGAUGGACAUAGACAUGAUUCUCAAAAUAGAAGUUAGAACCGUUAGGUCAAAGACUGAUAUGAACUUCAUAGUGAAUAUAUCAGGAUAGCAACCUCUGACACCACAGAUGAAUUUUAACCUCAUCAAAAAAUAGGACAAAAUAUUUUAUACCUCCUAAUGAGAAACCAUAAGACAUAAUAUCUUGUCAAAAAAUAUUGAACUGGACUCUAGUUAAGCAUCAAGAACUAACUCCCAGUUUAAAGAAAAUUCAAGGAAGAGAAAGAACAAAUUAUAUGACAUAAGAAGUAAUUAAGCAAAUCUAAAAUGUGGGUAAAGACCCACAAGUAGAAUGAACUGAAUUCUCAACCAAUAAAAUAGUAUUGAAAAGGAGUUGGAACUCUUAGAUAUUAAAAGUCUUAAGAGAUGUAUCAAAUAUAAUGAUUGAGUGGUUCUUAUUUAGCUAGCAAGUUGAACAAAUAUAAAAACACUUGUAUGACAAGUGGGGAAAGGGGAAUAUUGACAGUAUUAGGUAAUAUUAAGAAUUUAUGAUUUUGUUAGGUCUAAUAAUAGCAUUGCAGUUAGUAAAAAUGUUUGUUAGAGAUAAGUUAUGAAGUUUAUACCCAUAAGAUUUUAUGAUGUCUGGGAUUUCCUUUAAAAUGCUCAUGCAAAAGAAAAAUUAGGAUAGAUUACCUUAGUUUGUCAAAAUAAUGUAAGAUGAGUCUUGGGUACAUAGUUUUUUAUUGUUUUUACUAUUUCCCCUACUUUUAUGUAUUUGUAAUUUUCCAUAAUAUUCUUUUAAAGAUAAAAUUAACUGAAAUUAUAACCAGUUUGAACUGAAUGAUUUUUUUUAAAUGCCUACAUAUCAAAACUUGUGGAUGUUGUCAAAGUUGUAUGCACUGGGAUAUUAAAUGUGCUAUAAUCGGAUUUGGGAAAUUAAGAUUGAGGGUCCAGAUUUUAUCUAGUUCACCUAUCACUACAUGUUAUAAUGUCUGUCCCAUAAUAUUUCAAAUGCUUAAAGAAUGAGUAAAAAAAAUUACUACAACUAAGUAUGGAAAUUUAUGAAAUAGAUCAUUGUCCAAUGAGAUUGUUGCUAACAACAUGUUGAGCACUUAGAGCUAUUGAGCACUUGAGAUGUGGCUAUUUCAAAUUAAAAUGAUGUUAAGUGUGAAA